AUGUCUCUACUCACCAGUUAUGAGGGGCUUCGGCAUCAGAUCGAGAGGCUGGUGCGGGAAAAUGAGGAACUGAAGAAGCUGGUGCGGCUCAUUCGGGAGAAUCAGGAGCUCAAGUCGGCCAUCAAGAUGCAGGCGGGCGGCCUGGGGAUCAGCGAGUUCAGCGAGGCCCUGCCACCGUGGGGGGAGCCUGGGGUCUCAGUGGCUUCUCUGUGUCCCCCAGGUGUCUUCCUGCCCCCGUCCCCGGCAGCAGCACACGAACCCGUCCUGGAAGAAGCGGGGAUGGUGGCUCUGGCGCCCCUGGCCGACACGCUAAGCGGCCCCACGGCAGCGGCAGGCCCCGUCGUGAGCCCGCUCACGGGCCCUCUCACCACGCUGCUGCCCAGCCCGGGGCCCGUCGCACCUGGCAGCGCGCUCACCAGCCUCCUGACAGGCCCUGUGGCAGUGCCCCCGGCGGGCACACCGGCCAGCUCCCCGGGCCUGCCCUCGACGGGCCCCCUGAACCCAAGCAGCCAACUGGACAGCCCCGUGGCAGUGUCCCCAGCGGGCACACCGGCCAGCUCCCUGGGCCUGCCGUCCACCGGCUCCCUGCCUCCAAGCAGCCCUCUGGAAGCCCCUGCGGCAGGUUCGGUGGCCCCCUCCCUGAGCCGCCCCCCGCUCACCCCCACGGCUGCCCCCCCAGGUGUCGCUCAGAACCUCCCGGCCACCCCCACGAGCAACCUGGUGCUGUCGGAGGCCCCCAGGGUGCGGCUGGCAGAGCCGCUCCGAGGAUGCCCCUCUGGGCCUCACCCCUCAGCCGGCGGGGGACCUGCUGCCCCCUCCAAAGUCCCACUCUCCACGGAGCACCUCCUGCCAACCCAGGAGCCGGAGCCCUUCAGCAUGACGUUUGUGGGGGCGCCCAUCCAGACCUCCACCCCCGUGGGUACCACGGGCACACCUGGCCCUGUGACGGCUUCCUCCUGCGGCACCUCGGAUGCCCGGACACAGCCCGGUGGCCCCCAGGGACGAGGGGUCCUCGCCUCUGUCCCUGUCUCAAGCGCCUCCCCCAACAUCUCGGUCCUCGCCUCAGUCCCCACACCCGCCCCCCAAGCUGCCACCAACGACACCCCCGCAGGCACCCCCCAGCCCUCUGCCCGGACGCACCCCUCCCCCACCCGGCCCUCGCCCACCCCCCACUCCCCUCCACGCAACCCCCACUCCCCGCCUCGAACCUCAUCCUCCCCGGCUUCAGUCAACGACACCCAAGGUCCACGCAUCCCAGAGCCCCCUCGGAAAAGCGUCCCGGAGCUGGAGCGGACGCUAACCCACCGGAAGAGCAGCAAGUUCCCCGGCAGCUCCCGAGGGUCGAAGCAGCUGGCCUGCGAGAGGCUGGUGGGGGAGAUUGCCUUCCAGCUGGACCGCCGGAUCCUGUCCAGCAUCUUCCCCGAGCGCGUGCGGCUCUACGGCUUCACCGUGUCCAACAUCCCAGAGAAGAUCAUCCAGGCCUCCCUGAACCCCAGCGACCACAGGCUGGACGAGGAGCUGUGCCAGACGCUCACACAGCGCUACGUGAGCGUCAUGAACCGGCUGCAGAGCCUGGGCUACGACGGGCGGGUGCACCCCGCGCUGACCGAGCAGCUGGUGAACGCCUACGGCAUCCUGCGGGAGCGCCCGGAGCCAGCUGCGUCCCAGGGCGGCUCCUACACCGUGGACUUCCUGCAGCGCGUGCUGGUGCAGACGGUGCACCCCAGCCUGCUCGCCGACGCGCUGCUGCUGCUCUCCUGCCUCAGCCAGCUGGCGCACGACGACGGCAAGCCCGUGUUCAUCUGGUGACGCCCGCGCGCUCUGGCCCGCACGCACGCGUGCACAGCCAUUAAAGCUCCCCUCGGACGCGGGCCGCUGGGCCCGCGCCGGUACUCCUGGGUGGUGCCGCCGCCGCCUCUGGGGGGCUCGUCAGUGCCCCCUCCCCUGUGCCCCCUACUGCCCUGCGGGCUCAUGCCCCUUCUGGGGCCCCCGGAGAGAGCCCCGAGACCAAAGCUCAGCAGCUGGCUUGCCAAGGGGGGCUGUCCAAAGGCCCCAAGGCUCCCCUCACCUGGCCUGGCGGUGGGAGCGCAGGAACCCCUGAGACCUGGAGGGGGAAGAGCAGGACGUGGGAAGGAGCCCGGCUGGCAGGGAAGGGUUGCGGGUGUGCCAGCAGCCCUGGGGACAGGCACGGACCUGAGGCCUGGGCACAGAGAAGAAGACAGACGUGGGGUCGAGAGAAGGAUGUGGGCAUAGGAGCUCCUCCCUCUGCACUAGACAGGGACAAGGAGGGUGGGGGCAGGUGCCUCUGGAACCUCACUGAG